AUGAAAUUCGAAAAUGAGCGGGAGCUGGGCAGAAUCGGGGUAUGGCCCCUAGAGCCCACGAAUAACGACACUGUUUCAACCAGAAUUUCGAUGGGCAAGGAUAUAGUCGCAUCGAAAGAACCCGUGGGAAUAUUUAGCAAAUCUUUAUUCGACCACCAUUGGGUGGUCAUCGAGCCAGGGAAAUAUUCCUGUAAGGAACUUACAACUUUCGAAUACCAACGGCAACUGCACAGAAUGAAGUGUGAACGGAAGAGUCAAAAAUGUCCGACUUUGACUACGAAAAAAUGGGCAUUAAUGGCAUAA